AACCAUCCCAGCUUCAUAUACCAUUCAUUCUGCUUAUUAGGCUUUAAUUUCCAAAUUUUCCUUUGCUUAAUCUGAGUCCAAUUUUCCUAGAAAUGGGAGUACCAGGAAAGGAGCCAAGCAAGCCAUACCAUGGGAAAGAAGGGUACUCGUUUUGGCUGAAUGUGACAGUGAGGCAGCUGACCAAGGAGGACCUGGAGCAUCUGUCGAACUAUCUGACAGAUCUCCGCAACAGAGCCACUAUCAAACUCAUUGAGAAGUUGGCUUCUGCUCCUGCUUCGACGCCUCCACCUCCUGCACCAGCAAAUAUGGAUCCUGCCCAGGUGAUUAAUGCUCCAAAUGGAACCAACAUGGGUAAUGAUGUUGGGGGUGCCAGUCCCUCUCCAAAUGUUCCAGGGCCAAAUUAACUAUGGCUUUCUUCCUAGGGCAAAUUUGAACCUCUCUAUCUUGAGAGUGAAUAAUGGAUGAAUAAAUGUACCAAAAACAUAUUGGAUGAAUAAAAUAAUUUGCCUGAA